AUGCCUGAUAUCAAGAGGACCGUGAAGCUCGUCACCAACCAACAUGCCACCGACGACCCGCAAGAAGUCGAGGGCUUCCCCAUGCGAGCAUGGGACAUCUCCAUCUACCUAGUCGGCCAGGACGGCGAAGACCUGCCAGCGAACUGCUUCGAGAAGGCAACCUACCUCCUACACGAGUCCUUUGGCAAGAGACAAAAGCAGAGUAUUCGUGCACCACCAUUCAAGAUCACGGAGAAAGGAUGGGGCGAAUUCGAUAUGAGUAUCGUCCUUACACCCGUGGGCGCUCCUAAGGGCGGGGAUCAGACAAUUCAGCACGAUCUCAACUUCCAGCAGGAGAGAUACGAGAGCACACACACAGUGACCUUCCGUAACCCCAAGCCAGAGCUUAUUGAAAGACUGAAGGAGUCCGGACCAGCUGGUGAGACCAAUGGCGCCGCAGCCAGCAAGCCAGAGAAGAAGCGUCCCAAGGCCAACCGCAAUGUCGACAUGGAGAAGCUCGCCGAAGCGCUCCCACAGCUCCCCGAAGACGACCUCCUCCAAGUAGUGCAAAUGGUACAUGACAACAAAUCCGAAGAGACCUACACCAAGAACGACGUUGAAAAUGGCGAGUUCCACGUCGACCUCUACACCCUGCCCGACCAGCUCAUCAAGAUGCUUUGGGACUUCACCGAGAAGCGCGUGGACAUGACAAGCAUGACAUAG